GCAGGCAAGCUGUCUCCCCUGCGCUUUGAGCGCCGCCAGCUGCAGCCCGGCGACGUCCGCAUCCAGAUCGCCUACUGCGGCAUCUGCCACUCGGACCUGCACAAGGUGCGCAGCGAGUGGGGCGUGCCAACCAACUUCCCAUGCGUGCCAGGCCACGAGAUAGUGGGGAUCGUGACUGAGGUGGGCAGCGUCGUGGGCGGCUUCCGCGUGGGCGACCGCGCCGCCGUGGGCUGCAUGGUGGGCUCCUGCGGGGACUGCACCAACUGCGGGCGCGACCUGGAGCAGUACUGUACCGGAGUUGUGUGGACCUUUGACUCAGCCGACCCCCGCGAGGGCGGCGCCAUCACCCGGGGCGGCUACUCCACGCACAUCGUCGUGAACGAAAAGUUUGUGCUGCACCUGCCAGACGGCCUGCCCAUGGAUGCUGCCGCGCCGCUGCUGUGCGCCGGCAUCACCACAUACUCGCCCCUGCGCCACUUUGGGCUGGACAAGCCGGGCGUGAGGGUCGGCGUGAUUGGGCUGGGCGGGCUGGGCCACAUGGCGGUGAAGCUGGCCAAGGCCUUCUGCUGCGAGGUCACCGUCAUCUCCACCUCCCCCAGCAAGGAGGAGGAGGCGUGCGGCCGCCUGGGCGCAGACCGCUUCCUGGUCAGCCGCGACAGCGAGCAGAUGGCGGCAGCCGCUGGCUCGCUGGACGGCAUCAUCGACACUGUGUCGGCCAAGCACGACCUCCUGCCCUACCUCAGCCUGCUGGCCACCGACGGCAAGCUGGUGCUGGUGGGCCUGCCGCCAGAGUCGCUGGAGGUCCCUGCCUUCGCCCUGACCUCCCGGCGCGGCGCGGUUGCCGGCUCCGGCAUCGGCUCCGUCAAGGAGACUCAGGCAAGGGCCCCGCCCCUUCCCCCGCCGUCUGCCUGUGUGCAGGAGUUGCUGGACUUCUGCGCCCAGCACAACAUCGUGGCCGACAUCGAGAGGAUCGGCGUGGACUAUGUCAACACAGCCAUGGAGCGCCUGGAGAAGGGCGACGUCAAGUACAGGUUCGUGAUAGACGUCCAGGGGAGCCUCGUUGCUUAG